AUGAACCACAACGAAGAUCAAAUCAUUGUCCCUAUUCCUAUCCGUGUGAAUCAAUUAGGGAGUGGGCAAAACCUCUGGAGCCAGCUUUCGACUGAGUUGAUAGCUGCAAGAGAUGAAAAUAUGAGCCUUAGUCGUGAACUUUUUCAAGCAAAAUUCCAAAAUCUACAGCUUGAAAAAGUUUUACUGGGGUUUGCUGAACCAUUUAAACCAAUUCCAAGAAUUGAUAGCUCUCUGUCACUUGCAAGUACAACUUCAAAUGUAGAUAAUAGCAGCUAUUCUAUUGGGGCCUAUUCCCGAGAAGUUCGUGAACAAAAAAUACUUAAAUACAAGCAAAAAAUUAAAGAACGUCGACAGAAAAGCCAUUUAUCGAGAAAAUUUACUGGCCGAAGCAUAAUUGCAAAGCAAAAAUUGAGAAUCAAAGGAAGAUUUGUGAAGAGCUAA